AUGAACAGCCAGAGCACUUUUCUUCACACACCACCCCUCUCAGGAUGUUGGGCAGCCGAAAUACACUUCACCAACUGCACCGCAUUGGCCGGUCUUUCCGGCCGUCGAGCAAGACCAUUAAAAUCAAGCCCUAUACACUGCUGCUUCUCCCACGAUAUCAGCGUAAUUUCUGUCAAUGACACCUCUCCUUCCGCAGGCCCUGAACCUUGUUACUCCCCCGUUCAUUCCGGUUACUACCUACAAGAAUGCAAGCGAAGCUUCCAAACGUCAUACGGUGGCAUGCUCGAUUCUGUCAGCAUUGCAUACGAGACGUGGGGAGACUUGAAUGCGUCCAAAAGUAAUGCGGUCCUCCUCACUUGUGGGCUUUCCGCAUCCUCCCAUGCCCGAAGCAGCUCCAUGAACCCCCAAAGCGGCUGGUGGGAGAGCUUUAUUGGCCCAGGUCUCGCUUUGGACACCAACAAGUUCUUCAUUAUCUGCGUAGCUAACUUUGGAGGUUGUUCGGGAACCACAGGACCUAGUUCCUUCAACAGUCGAAGAGACGGGAAGCUAAUACGUUAUGGCUUGGAAUUUCCGAUGUUUUCAGUUCAAGAUAUGGUGCGAGUCAUGUUUCGAGUUGUCGACCACCUUGGCAUCGAAACCCUGCAUGCCGUUGUUGGCAGCAGCCUAGGCGGCAUGCAAAGCGUUGCUGCUGCGGCCAUGUAUCCGGAGAGGGUGAAGCGCCUUGUCAGCAUCAGCGGUGCUGCAACCAGUUCGCCUCUCUCAAUUGCCCUCCGAUAUGCCCAGCGUCAAGUUCUCAUGGCAGAUCCCCUUUUCAAUAAUGGCGACUACUACGAAAAGGCAUAUCCGUUUACCGGUAUGAAACUCGCUAGGGAAAUCGCAACUAUUACCUACCGGAGUGGUCCUGAGUGGACACAAAGGUUCGGACGCCAGCGCGUCCAUCACCAAGUCCCGACCGACAAUGUCACAAAGAAUGCGGAAAGCCAAGCAAACCUUGCAACAAAACGACUGUACGACCGUCCUCCUACUCUGGGUCCGGACUUCACCGUUGAGGCAUACCUGGAGCAUCAAGGCAAAAAAUGGUGUCACCUUUAUGAUCCAAACUCGAUGUUAUUCAUCUCGAAGGCGAUGGACCACUUCUCUCUCGAAGAGCCCGUGGGACCGACCGGCGAGCUGUCUUUGGAAUACAGUCUCCGCCGAGUGCGGAUGCCUGCCUUGGUCAUCGGCGUGAAAAGCGACAUUCUCUUUCCAAUAUGGCAACAGAAACAGCUGGCUCAUUCGUUGCAACGAGCAGGAAACAAAUCUGUCGCAUUUUACACGCUUGACUCAAUUUAUGGGCACGAUACGUUCCUUAUCGACGUUGCCAACGUCGGUGGUGCCGUCAAAGGUCAUCUCGAGCAGAAUCAUUCUUAG